AUGGAUUUUGAUGGACGUCGGGAAAGCGCUGGUUGGCGCUGGUCACUCCUCUUUUCUGUUAUAUUCCUGAACAUAUGCCUGCCAAGUCUAGUGCUUUCCUAUGGUGUUUUCUGGGUGCACCUAUCCAGUUUCGGGGUACCAUUAUGGGUCGGCCUUACGACUCCAUCUAUUUUUGUCCUAACCUAUAGUUUAUCACAAUGCUGGUUCAGAGAAGCUGCGGACUCAUGGGGUGGCUCUGUAGGAUACAGAGUGAUGGGUACUAUAGGUUUAUUCUUUGUGGUCGUCAGUCUCAUCAUUUGCGCUUUCAUACCAUACCAUGUACAGCCUUACAUCUAUGGAAUAGUAGGAGGUCUAGGAUCGUCUCUAUUGUCUGCACAAGUAGAUGCAGUUAUAUUUGAAACAUAUGAUACUCGUUUGGUGUCUGUAAGAGGAUGGUGCCUUCUUGGACAAGCAAUUGGUCUAUCAAUAUUUCCACAUUUACUAACGGAAUUAAUAGACGUUUAUGGAUAUUUUUUCGCUUAUAUUGUCUUUGCUGGCAUUAUGUUACAAUCGUUAGUCGCAAUUAUGUUGUUGAAUAUAGACGAGAGUAUGCGUAGACCUGCUUCGUUCUCAAGAUAUAAAGAUUUAUCUCAAAGUUAUAUGGUGUAUAAGAAUGAAGCGAUGGAUAAUUUUUACGGAACGGAAUUACAGUUACAUUAUUUAAAUAAAAAGUGUUGGAAAAACCCAUCUGACGAUCAAUUACAUCGGGAAGAAGAUCCCAAGUUAGAUGAUGUAAGUAUCAUAGAAACUAUCACACCUCCUCCAAGUCCAGAAGAGAAAAGAAGAAACAUAUUUGGAGUUGAAAUUUUGCCAGAAAUACCAGAAGAAAGCGAAGAAAGCGAUAGCGAAGAUCAUAACGCAGCUGCUUUUAACAAGAAUAAGAAUCGUUUAAGUGUAGCUAUUAAAAGACUGAGUACCUUGGGAGAAAACAUAGACGGAUGUAUUAUAAAUCAAGUAAGAAGGGAUUCACAAACAGAACGUGACAAUGCUGAUAUAAGUGAAUUUACAGAAUUCGAAGUAAAAUAUGAAACUAUAGCACCCAUGACCGAUAUACACACAGAGAAAAUAUUUAAUACUUUUAGCUUUAGAUGUCAAUCAGCUUACAUGAAUAUGAAAAGAAAGUUGUGGAUUCCUUCAUAUAGAAUGUACAGAAUAAGACGAAGAUUUAUUUACUUUAUGUACAGCAUCAAUGACACAUUUUUAAAGCCGCUAACAAGGUCGCUUUCUUGUGUAAAGUUUUAUCCUGCCUUGCUACUGAGUUUUUCAAGGUUAAGCUUACUUUCAAUAUCUUUAGUUUUGUUACCGAUGAGGCCCCUUUUCACAAUCCUCAUCGUUGGUCCAACAAAUGGUUCUCGAUCUUUGCAGCAAUGA